GUGAAAAGCGUUUCCCGUACACUCUUUGCUCGUUUCACGGCUUGCUCUUAUUUUAUAACGAACCGGUAAGAUGGUCCGGCGGUUGGAGCCAGAAAGGGGAGAAAGAGAGAGAGAGGGAUGGCGACGAGCGGCGGCGGAGGUGGGAGUCGGGAAGGGAGUGCGAAGGCGACGGUGGCGGAUCAGAUCUGCCAGGCGGUGCAAUCGACCUCCAAUCUCCUCCACCUCAUGCAGGACUCCUCCCCCUCCCAGGCUCACCUAAUAAAGCUCCCUAAGAAUCUCUUGGCCAAAGCAUCUACUGUCAAGAACACAGGGCAAGUGCUUUUGUCAUUAGGUGUUAGAACAACUUCCUCAGGUCAUUUCAUCUUUGGAUGCUUACUUGGAGAACAGUUUACAGAGUGCUCCUCAUCUGAAAACUGUAACUCAGUUGCUGUCAAAUAUGGAAACGUCUCAGCUUAGAUCUGCAUUUCCACCACAUCGACAAGAAGAGGCACAGAAGGAUUCCAAUUCAGAAAAAAGUGGUUAAAAUGAUGUAAUAACUUUGCAGGUUCUGCACCUAAAAAAAUCAUCCUCUCAUUUUUUUUAAAUAUGUUAUUCUACAUGAGCAUACAUGAGUACAUUACGCCAUUGUCGAGGACCUCGAAGCUAUUCCAAGGAAUGUGAUAUUCUCGUUUGGAGUUUCUUGUCC